AUGGCGCAGCUGGAGCUGCUGUGGGUGGCCGCCAUGCUGAUGUUGCUGGGGGCCACUGUCAGCCUCUGUGUCAAGUGCCAGCUCUCUGGUACCAAGCGAGAGAAGCACCCGAGUGAGCGGGAGAGCCAGAAGACCACCAAGGAGCUCAGUGCCUCCUGCCGCCCUGGAUAUGGGAGCAGGACCCAGCCCAGGUACCAGAAUUUCCUGACAGAGAACUGCCUGCGAGGGGAUGGGGAUGGGGAUGCUACCUACGUGGAGCCCAUAUCUCUGGAUUUCUACAACCGUGCCCGGUUCUUCAUACCACCCAGCGAGAAAGAGGAGGAUUCCCAUUCCUAUGAAAAUGUCAUCAUUGGAGUGUCUCACGGCUCCGAUCCAGAUGACACUGCAGACUAUGAGAACAGCGUGGCAAUAGACGUAUGGAAACUCCAGCAAGCGGAAGUGCUGCAGCCAGCCAGCCUGGAUGAUGACGAGCCAGACUACGUCAACACGGCCCCUGUAUCAGGUCCUGCCACUCUGUCAAAGCAAAG